AUGCGCGUUCUCAUUAUUGCUUCGUUAUUGGCAUUUUUCAUGGCGCUAGCCUCAGCGGCUUCACUGGUGAACAACCAUUUGGUUGAUAAUACUAGCUUGAAGAACCAUUAUAAAUUUGACAAACAAGAUACCCGACGCUUGGUGAUUCGUGCUGAUCCUGCUGCUGGCAGCGGGCAAGGCAAUCCUGGUCAAGACGGUGAUAAACCUCAAGAGACAGCUCCUGCUGGUGGAGCUCCUGGUGACAAAAAAGAAGCUGAACACGGUGCUUCUGGUGGUUCAGAAGAAAAGCCAAAAAAGAAGAAACCAAAGACUGCUUUGGCCUCACCUGAAAUUUUGACCAACGGCACUUUCUUCUACGUUGGCGUAUCUGUAUCCAUCUUCCUUUGGUGCACUGGAAAAGCCAUUGAUAUGACCAUGGAUAAACACGAACGUAACGCCAACAUCAAGGCCAAUCUCUAA